AAAUCUUCUCAUUUUCAUUCCUUGAUCCGACUCGGAUAUAUUUAACACUUAUUUUAUUUAGUUACAAUUUCAGUAAAUUGGAAUGAACAUUCAUCCACAAUCGAAGAUCAUCCGAAAAGGUAGAAUCAUCAUUUCUUUUUAUUAAAAAAAAAAAGUAACCAUGGCGGUAAUCAAUGCUUUUGUUCUUAGACAUUAUAGAUCUCACUUGUGAAUUCUUAGAGACUUGGCUUCAUCAAAUUUUAUAUCAAUGUGAGCUCUAUCCUAAAACAAUAUUCAAACUUCAAAAGAAGUUUGAAGUCCCAGUUCAUAUAGCAGUUCAUCCAGAUGUUCAAAAUUAUUUAAGUCUUUUUAUACAAUCGUGUCAUUCUCAAUUAGAAAAGGGCGAUGUCAAAUCUAUAUCAUUAAAUCUGAUAGAAGAAAAUGGUGACAGUAAAGCAAUAGUAGAGAAGUUUGUAUUUGAAAUCAAUUCAACUGCUUUAAAGCAGUCUACUAGUUUACCUUUAAAUACACUACUUAAAAGCGAAUCUACUUAUUCAAUAGAAGAUAUAGAACAAUAUCUAAGAACCUGUUUAAUAAAGAUUAGAACAUAUGAAUCUUCAUCAGUAAUAAAAAAGGAGCCUAGAACUUUUUCUUUAUCGAUUGAAAGAUUUGAAGGAGGUUAUCCUGAUUUAGAUAGAAAUACUGACUGGGUACCUGAGGAUAAUUUGGAACAAAAUUGGAAGCAUUUGGUACCAUUAAAGACUGUGUCUAUCGAUUUAUUUCGUUUUAAUAUCUAUGUAAAGGUAGCUUCUUCUAGGAAGGGAAAAGAGCGCUGCCCUUAACAAAGUAGAGUGGGUCUUCAAGAUUUUAAUAAUUGUACAUGUACAAAGGAGUUGAAUACAUAUUUAAUGUAUA